ACUGGUAAUCCUAACCUGCGACGAUCUCCUCCGAGCGCAAAGUGUCCGAGAAUAUUUUCGUAAGUGAGGGACAUGGCAGACGGCAAUCACUGCAUGUACUUUGUCGAGCGCAAGAAGCGGUUCUGCCGCAUGACGGUGCGGGAGGGCCGGCGGUACUGCGGCGAGCAUCAGCGGGACGUCGCCGGCCCCGGCCCCGACGCCGGGGACGAGAGAGUGCCGUGUCCGUUGGAUCCCACCCACACGUGUUAUCGUUCAAAGCUGACGAGGCACCUGGGCGUGUGCAACGCCAAGCGGAGGCUGGACGCGCGGCCCGCCUUCGUGGUCGAGGGAGCGAAUUUGGACGCGGAGACUAUUGCCGCGCCGCCGCGCGUGCCCCUGUCGCAACUCGACGAGUCCGUCGUGGGGACGGUGAUAAGAAAGAUUCAUGCCGCCUAUGGUACAAUUGAAUUUAAAAAUCCCUUCCGCUUUCGUGUAUCUCUGUCUCUCUCUCUCUCUGACAUGUCCCUUUCAGAAAAGCUGCCAGAGUUUUCUCGAACGAUUCUGAGGCACGACGUGCUCGAAGACAAAUUGAGCGACGAGACCUGCGGCAGGAACGUCAGAAAGCACUUGCUCCAAAAUGCAUCUCUGCUGGGACAUCUGGAGCAAGCCGGUCUCGUGCGAGACGACACUUGCUUCGUCGAAUUCGGGGCUGGAAAAGCUCAGUUAACAUACUGGUUGGGGCAGAUUAUAAAGAACAAGUCAAACUCUUGCAUCUUACUAGUCGAUCGUUCCAGUCACCGACACAAAAGCGACAAUAAGCUUAGAAGGGAGGAGAGUCGCCUCGUGAUAAAAAGAGUACGCGUCGAUAUCGCCGAUCUGCAGUUGAACCAAAUCGCGGAGAUCCAGCCGAUCAAGUACAAGGUCGGCAUAGCGAAGCAUCUCUGUGGCACGGCCACUGACUUGACGAUACGUUGUUUGGUGAAGUCGAUGAACGACGAACCUAAGGUCGACGUACGCGGCCUGAUUGUCGCGUUUUGCUGCCAUCACAAAUGCGAGUACUCUUCAUAUGUGGGCCGGGAGUACCUGCGACAAUGCGACUUUAUUGCGGACGAGUUUCCCGUUCUGUGCAGCAUAGUCAGUUGGGCGACCUGCGGCUCUCGACCUGCGGCUUUAAAGAGCGACGUUAACUCGCCACGUCAUCUCCCGGCACAGGAGAUCGCUAGCCAGUCCUCGAGGUCGGACGAACGCGAGAGUAUCGGGCGUAAAGCUAAAACGUUGCUGAAUUGGGGUCGUCUGGUCUUUCUGGAGAGCGUGGGAUUUCAGGCCGAGCUGCUUUACUACACCUCCCUUGACGUCUCAUUAGAAAACAUGUGCAUCGUAGCUACGCGAGAACGUUCAUUGUGACUAGAAAUACAUUCUAUUUAUCGUUAAUCUACGCUCCAGUUGACUCCAGAAUCAUUCUUGUUGCCAAUAAAUAUGUUUCUACAUAAAUUCAUAUUUCAAAUUCGUCACCUCUUCUAAGCUAGCAGAACCAAAUCGGCAGAAUCAAACCUGAUAAUUUGUACCACGAAAAUAUAAAGUUUCAGAUUA